AUGGACGCAAUACGAGUGUCCAAGGUCGAAGGUGUCUCGUUCACCAAGGCUGGAAAAACGAACAUCGGCACUAUCCAUUUAACAGCCCACCAUAUCAUCUUCCGCUACCGAGAAAACGAGGAGGAUCAGGAACUCUGGACACUGAAUGGAAGGUCGCCAUUGGAUUUACAUACACGGACCUUUGAAAGUUUCACCUUUUCGUUUGAAAAGGAUCCGGAUGCCUUGAACGUCUUCGAGAGCGUGAAAGAGUUGACCGUAGCCACGUCUGUGACACAGCUAUACGCAUUCUUCUACACCCCAAACCCGCCUUUGCCAACGAACAACGGAUGGUCGAUAUACUCGCCUAGAGAGGAGUAUGGACGGAUGGGAGUUGGAACGAGGACAAAGGCCUGGCGAUUCACGGAUAUCAAUCGGGACUAUUCUUUCGCUCCCACAUAUCCCUCUCGUCUGGUCGUACCUACCAAAAUCAGCGAUACUACGCUCCAGUACGCCUCCAAGUACCGGAGCAAAUGCCGGCUUCCCGUUCUCACCUACCUUCAUUGGGCCAACUACGGCACUCUGACGAGGUCAAGUCAACCAAUGGUUGGCAUCACCCAGAACCGAUCCGUGCAAGAUGAAAAGCUUAUCGAGGCGAUAUUUCAGUCCCACUGGUCUCCGGAAUCCAGAACCUCAAGCUCUCCUGUCUAUGGUGCAACUUCCACCAACCUCAUCAUCGAUGCUCGUCCGACCGUCAACGCGGUGGCCAACUCCGCCAAAGGCGCCGGCACUGAAAACAUGGAUAACUACAAGGAAGGGAAGAAAGUGUACCUGGGAAUCGACCACAUCCACACCAUGCGAGAAUCGCUCGCAAAGGUUGUAGAAGCACUACGAGAGGCUGAUACCUUGCUGGCAAGCUUCAGGAACGACAUUCCUGACACCGUGUCCACACUGGAUCGGCAAGCCCUUCGUCGAUCCGGCUGGCUACGCCAUAUCGCUGCGAUCCUGGAAGGAACUGUCCUCAUUGUCAGAAAUGUGCACGUCAACUCGUCCCAUGUUCUCAUCCAUUGUUCCGAUGGAUGGGACCGAACUUCUCAACUCUCCGCCAUGUCGCAAAUAUGCCUGGACCCAUUCUACCGGACCAUCCGAGGAUUUGAAAUCCUCGUCGAAAAGGAUUGGCUUUCCUUCGGUCAUAAAUUCCUUGAUCGUUGCGGUCACUUAUCAUCGGAGAAGUUCUUCCUGUCGCCUUCGUCGUCGGCCGAACCUGGCAGUGGUGCUGAAGCAGCACAGGCGUUCUUCACGUCUGUCCAGAAUCGAUUCACUUCACAAAACCAUAUCAGGGAAACCAGUCCUAUCUUUCAUCAGUUCCUCGAAAGUGUCCGACAACUUCAACGACAAUUUCCAGAGCGUUUUGAAUACAACGAACGGUUCUUGCGACAAUUAUAUUACCACCUGUACUCAUGUCAAUUCGGAACCUUCCUAUUCAACACCGAGCGAGAGCGGAAGGUUGGAGAUGGGAUCGACCCACCCGCGACGGAACGAACAGUCAGCAUUUGGGACUUCUUCAAUUCACCGGCGGAGAUGGCUUUGAACACCAAUCCCUUAUACGACCCCUCCUUGGAUGACCCUAAAGGUCGCGACAUGGGUGUCCUGAUUCCAAAUUCAAAGGACAUUCGAUUCUGGCAUGAACUGUACGGAAGGACGGAUGAAGAGAUGAAUGGGAGGCUGGCCCAACCUCCAGCGCCCGAAGUUGUAGGUCCUGUCGCCAGUGGAGAUGAGGACGCGGGGACUGACCGACCUAUCACGCCUUCCAACGCACUUUCUGAUUCUCCAUCAGCGUCGGCGGCUCUUCCGCUUGCCUCGUCGCAGGUCUUGAGCCUGCCGGCAGGUUCACGUAGCGCCUCGCCAUCCGUGGAUGCAGGGCUCAAGAAUUUAUCUCUAUCAGCACCGUCCCUCUCCGCUCCCAACCCUGCACGGCGCAGCAGUGUCAACUCGGGGUCGCCAGGAUCGUCUACGUCAGCCUUGCGGGCCCAUACUUCUUCCUCUUCGCCGCCGCCAUCGUCUUCUCCACUAUGGGGGAGAGCCAAACCUCCAGAUUUCCUGUCAAGCACCGGUGUCAAGUCUGUGUGGGGCAGGCUGUCGUCGAAUGCCACUGCAGCGUUUUCUGUCGUCCAGGACGCAUACGCUGGUAUGGCCAAGGACCUGAAUAACAACUUUGCCAGCGGAAGUGAAGAUGGCACUCAGAAAACAUCAGAGUUGCGAAGUCGAGAAGCAUUGCGGACCUGGGGUGAGGGAUCCGAGUCGUCACCCCCUUCAACGCAGCCCUCGUCGAUAUCACCUGGCCCUACCUCUCUCCCCUCCCUUACCCUAACGAACCCUUGGGCAACAGCCGCUCCAAGGUCGUCACGAGCGGCAGGACUAUCCAUUGUGGAAAACAAUCCCUGGGGUUCUAAUUUUAACAGCGAUUCCGAGCCGAUAUCGUCGCAAAGCCAGACGGGUCCGGAUCCACUAAGCGCCCUGCCCGCCGACCCCACAGUGGAAGUGCCCUCCGCUUCAAGGCAGAACCCGGCCACGGUCAAGCGAGUACCGCAACGCGAAGUGUCUCCUCCACCUCGAGAAACGGCCUCGGUGAACAUCGAUCCCCUUGGAGUUGGGCUCCGGUAA